AUGGCCGCUAUGAACAGCAAAAUUGAUCUCUUCACCUAUCCCGAAUCGCUACGAGGGAACAAAGCCGCCGCCUACGCGCAACACCGGCGGAUCGAACUUCUUGGACAUCAACAGCCAAGGAAUGAGCCCCGUUCCCGCCGUGGGCAGGACGUUUACUUCGAUUCGCACCAGUUGAUCGAGAAGUUCAAGAACCUGGUACCUCCGACCUCGAGCAGCGCUAAUGGUGUGAUUGAUCGCGCAAUGGAGAAGCCAUUCCAUGACUGGGUAGACCUGGUCGCCUCUCCUUUGGGGGUUAUUGCUAGCCCAGCAGCCUAA